UCUCAAUCUUCACGGCUUCUUGCGAGCAGCUGGGUUCUCGUCGCGAUUCUUCUUCUAGCAGAUUUUCUACUUGUACGAACAUCUCAGUCGUUAAUAUUGGCUGUACCAUUUCAUCUAGCCCUACUUUCCGUAUUCCUAAUGCUAAAUCUCGUAGUUCACCCUUUAAAUCUUAUCCUGCUCAGCCGAAGUCGACCAAAUUCUCAGGAGCCGGAACGAGCACGGAUGCUCGAAGAAUCUGCUACAGCAGCUCUAUGGUUAUUGCUCAAUAGCCUUUCAUUCAUUAUCAUUGUUAUGAUGGUGUUAUGGGAAUCUAAGAAGGGUAGUAAGGAAGCCGACACAAUUAUGGGCAUUGAAAUGGCUGCUUAUUCAGUACAUUGCAUAGCAAAUCCGUUAAUAGCAGUAAUUCGAGACAGACGGCUGGAGAACACUUUGGCACAUAUUCUUCUACGAAAUAAGCGGUGAGC